CCCCCAACGCGGAAGUGACUCUCCACUUGUUUGGCUGUCUCUCCUCAUGACUCCCUGAGCACCUCUUCUUUUGCUUCGUGUGUUUGCUUGUUUUUCACAGUUAAAGGAGACAAGUGAUGGCUCUUUCAUUCGCGGGGAGGGUUGUGCUCGUCACCGGAGCUGGAGGAGGACUGGGGAAAGCGUAUGCACUGGCUUUUGCUGAAAGAGGUGCUUCAGUUAUAGUGAAUGACCUCGGGGGAGAUAUUAAAGGAGGUGGGAAGAGUUCUGCUGCGGCGGAUAAGGUGGUGGAGGAGAUUAAAGCCAAAGGAGGCAAAGCAGUGGCCAACUAUGAUUCUGUUGAAGAUGGAGAAAAGCUGAUACAAACAGCCCUGGAAUCUUUUGGAAGAAUCGAUGUGGUUGUGAACAAUGCGGGGAUCCUUCGUGACCGCUCGUUUGCCAGGACCAGUGACACAGACUGGGAUCUUAUCCACAGAGUUCACUUGAGGGGCUCGUUUUUGGUGACUAGAGCGGCCUGGAAUCACAUGAAGAAUCAAAAAUUUGGCAGAAUCAUCAUGACCACUUCAGCUGCGGGCAUCUAUGGGAACUUCGGACAAGCUAACUACAGCGCGGCGAAACUGGGACUGCUCGGACUGGCGAAUACUCUGGCCAUUGAAGGAGCGAAAUACAACGUUCACUGCAACACCAUAGCUCCUACGGCUGGAUCGCGCCUGACUGAGACCGUGAUGCCCCCAGACCUUUUGGAGAAUCUGAAGCCUGAAUAUGUGACUCCUUUGGUCCUUUGGCUCUGUCAUGAAGAUUGUCAUGAUAAUGGUUCACUGUUUGAGGUUGGCGCUGGCUGGGUUGGUAAAUUGCGUUGGGAGCGUGCUAAGGGAGCCAUUGUGAGACAUAAGUCCCGCCCCAUGACUCCAGAGGAUGUGAGAGACCAGUGGGACAAGAUCUGUGACUUUACCAAUGCAGACAAGAUCGCCACAAUUGGAGAGUCGGUUCAGUCGUUGGUGAAUGUGCUUUCUGAAGUGGAGUCUGGAGGAGCGGUUGAAGCCAAUCCCACGUCCUCUAUGUCCUCAGCUUCAGGGGUCAAUUAUCUUUCUGCAGUGGGACAUAAACUGGCUCCAUCCCAGUUCACGUACAACCACACACAGUGUAUCCUGUACGCUCUGGGAGUGGGCAUGUCCACCAAAGACCCCGACUCUCUCAGGUUUUUGUAUGAGAAUCAUCCAGAGUUUAGCUGUCUCCCGACAUUUGGAGUCAUCGUGUCCCAAGAUGCACUGAUGGGAGGAGGUUUGGUUUCAGUGCCUGGACUCAACAUGGACCUAACACAGGUUUUACAUGGAGAGCAGUACUUGGAGCUGUUGAAACCGCUCCCAACAUCAGGGACUUUGACCAUUCACACAACUGUAGCUGAUGUGUUGGACAAAGGAUCUGGUGCUGUGAUUCUGUUGGACGUAAAUGCGUACAGUGGAGAUGAACUCAUUUGCUUCAACCAGUUUUCUGUCUUUGUGGUCGGAGCUGGAGGCUUUGGAGGAAAGAGGAGCUCGGAUAAAGCCAAACCCCUUGUGGAUCCGCCCAAACGCGCUCCAGAUGCUGUGAUGAUCGACUCCACCACCAGAGACCAAGCAGCCUUGUACCGUCUAAGUGGUGACUGGAACCCUCUUCACAUAGACCCAAGUUUUGCUGCAAUGGGAGGUUUCAAGCAGCCCAUUCUUCACGGUCUCUGCUCCUUCGGAUUCGCGGCCAGACAUGUCCUGAAGCAGUACGCCGACAAUGACCCCACCAGAUUUAAAGCCAUCAAGGUGCGUUUUGUGAAACCAGUGCUGCCAGGACAGUCCCUCCAGACAGAGAUGUGGAAAGAGGGAAACAGAAUUCAUCUCCAGUGCAAAGUGAAAGAGACUGAUGCUGUGGUGCUCUCCGGGGCAUAUGUGGAUUUACACCCAGCAAAAGACGAAGCACUGGAAAAUCUCCCCAAAACUGGGGGGCUGCAGAGCGAGCUGGUAUUUACAGAGAUUGGACGCAGGAUUAAAGACAUGGGCGCUGAGCUGGUCAAAAAGGUCAACGCCGUGUUUGGAUGGGAGAUCACCAAGGACGGACAGAAUGCUGCGCAGUGGACCAUUGAUCUGAAGAGCGGCAGUGGGUCGGUGCACAAAGGGCCCUACAGCGGAAAGGCCGACGUAACCUUCACUGUGUCCGACGAAGACUUCAUGGAGGUGGUACAGGGCAAACUCAACCCCCAGAAGGCGUUCUUCUCGGGUAAACUGAAGAUCAGAGGAAACAUUAUGCUCGGUCAGAAGCUUGAGGUCAUCCUGAAGGACCACGCCAAGCUCUAAGGAGGAGCUCACACUGGUCCUGGAUUGGUCCCGGAUUGGUCCUGAUGUAGACUAGCUUUGGUCCAAUUCUAGUCCUGGUUUAGUCCUGGUUUAGUCCCGGUCUAGUCCCGCUUUAUUCCCGAGUUCAGUCCCAGUUAAUUCAACAGUUCUGAUGUGUGAACGUGUCUGACCAAAACAAAAUAAAAGAACUGACCAUCUUCACCAACCAGGAGAGUUUAAUAAGUUUUUUCAGUUGAUGAAUUUUUAACUAUAUAUUUUCAGUCAUCAGUCAUCACCUAAUUAAAUAUUAAGCAUGUAUAUUUUCAAGCCCUCAAAUUCAACAGUCAAAAUUUAGAGUGUAAAAUUCACAACAAAGAUUUAAGAUGCCAACAAGGCGCAAGUGAUCGAUUGGGAAUGAGGAGGACAGAGACGCUGUUUCCUAUUGGCCUUUCUCUUCUGUGGGCGGAGUUUAUAGUUAAGAAAUUGAAAAGAGAUGAUCAGGCCAAUUCUGACAGAUUUGUUCCCUACAGCAUUUCCUGGCUGUUUGUAAGUUAAAUCAUUUUCACAGUGAAUUUUACACUAUUAUGUAAACACACUGAAAAUGUAAACAAAAAAAUUCAGCAACUGAAUAUCCAUGUUUUUUCAGAGGUAAAAAUUUAAAAGUGAGAAAUUCAGCAGCAUUUAAAAUUCAAAAUGUGUUGAAACAAAUGAUCGUCCAUACUGUUUUAAUUGUACUGUUUGUGCGGCGUCUUUGAGCAUUUAGAAAGUCACUAUAUAAAUCAAAUGUUUUGGCCUGUUAAGGUGGGUACCAGUUUAUAGUAACCACAAACGAGUACUGCAAUUUACUGGUGAAAUAUUAUGCCUCGCUCUGAACUUGAAAGACCUGUACCGUUUUUGAAUGUCAAGUGAACCACUCCAUCUCCUCUUUCAAACUAUUACUGAACCAUGACAUAGAAAUAACGGUGUAGUAUACUCACAGGCAGUUGUUUCCCCUUUUUUCUUUUUACAAUAGACUGUAUGGCGUAAAAGGCAUUUUCCUGACCUACAAAAAAUGUCAAAUAUAUUUCCAUUACCUGGUCCCGUCCUCUGUGACAAGAAUUGUGUGUUGUUUAUAAUAAAGCUACAACUAAACUUGCUCUUUCAAAUAAUUAACUUUAAUUACCAAAUAAUGCUUCAGUGUUAAGUAGCUGGUUUAAAGCCAGGUACUUACAACUACAGUUUUGUGCAUUUUUUAAAAGCCGCUAUGCCAAGAAAUGAAAUUGUGAUCAUUUUUGUAGUUAAUAAUGUAACAUGUACAGUCUCUUCUCAUAUCUUUAUGAUAAAUACAAAUGAAUAUGAAAGUUUUCGCUAUAAAUAAACCUAAUGAUAAUAAAUGUGUCUCUCUGGA